GUUGUCUGUUGUCAUGACACUGACGAAAGCAAAUCAAUAUGGCGGAAAAUUCAGACGAAAAGGCAAAAGAACCGUCAAUUUCGGAUUUAAAACAAAAUAUUGACGACGAAUAUAGUACCGCUGGAAAGACACUUGAAAAAGAAACGAACGAUGCAGCAGUUUUAAAAACACAGGACGAUUUCAGACUGGUUGGAAGAAAUUAUAUUGAAAAUAUCAAAGCCUCACUUCUCGCAUCAUCAGCGAAUUUCAACAGAGCUAAAUAUGCCGCUACUUUGGAAGACCCUUAUAUGAAGGCUUAUAGAUACUUGGAAGAACACAAGGUUCUUGCAUUGUUCGAGGUUUGUUUUGAAAUAUUUGUCAAUUUAGUUAAGAUUUGAAAUUAUAAAAAUGCGCUUAAAUGAGUUAAAGACUGUGGCCUUUUGCAGUAUAAUUUGCUGCUAAAAUGUCAAACUACAGGGUGUAUCAAAAUAAACGCAAUUCAUCUUUUGUGCUUAAUAACUUUCGAAAUACUAUUUCUAGUUAAACGCUUUUAGGCUUACUUCAAAGCCUGUUCUUUUCUCUUUCAAACAAACUAUUAUCCUUGUCUCCAAUGCUAGUAAUAAUUGCACAGGAAAAGAUUUGGUAAAACCUAUCAUUUUUAGUUGCUGUUUAAUUAUGCAAGUUUACUAUGUUAUUGUUUAGUCGGUUUAAAUGUUAGAAUUUUCUUCUUUAAACUUUAAUGUUGUCGUCACUACAUCUGGAAAACCACGUAAGAACAAAUUAAAAGUAUUUUAAAAGAUACCAGGUUGUUUGAAAAUCCUAAACGAAUGCUAAAAAUCGUCAAAACAUUCUGGUGUCUGAGCCAGAGUGUCAUCGAAUUGCGAUGUAAUGUAAACAGAAAUUAUAGCAAGUUGAUGUCAGUCAGCUUAGAUGGUCCAAGCCAAAAUUAUAUCGCAUUUGAAGUUUCAAACUGAGUUAAAAAUAGUGGAAGAAAAGCCGUAAUUAUACUUAUUGUUACAAUCCAUUUAAUAAAAUGCAACAUUUGUUUGUUUUAAUGAAAAAAUCAGUUAUUUUCAUGAGAACGAUUUGUUAUUCCAUCUCAAUUUUUUUAAUCUCCAAUCGCAAUAACGUAAAGUAUUAUUACCCGCGAACCAAUGAGUCAAAUUUAAGAAACAACCCACUGUUAGAAAACUGAAUGGCUACGCUUUAAAAUGAAUGUAAACUUUAACGUUUUCGUCUAUUAUUUGUUUAGCAAUUUACAUUUCAGUCGAGGAUUGCGCUUUUUUUGAUACACCCUGUAACUAAUUUCAACACAAAUUAUUUCAGACCAAUCAGAUGUCUCUGCUUCCAAAGUUCCAAAUAGUGUUGAUUUGUUAGGAAUGUAGUAGCAUUUCUGAUUGUUUUGACAUAAAAACAUGACAGACACUGUCAGUUUUUUGAGUGAGAGAAUAAAGGAUCUGCAGUUUUGGUCCAAAAUUCUGUGUCUGCACAAAAAAGUGUUGUUCCAUAUAGGGUGACAUUUGCUACAUCAUGUGCAAAUGUUUGUUUAUUAGUGGGCUAUAAAUAAUUUCAAAAGUUGAUGCGGAUUUUUUUCAUUCAUUAUUUUUCAUGAUUUGAAUUUGUCAAAUUUUGAGCUAAAAAUUUGAAUUUCAACUGAAAAAAUCCAAUAAAAUUUUGACGAUUCUUGAUGCGGGCGGGUGACGGUAAACUGAUAUGAUACAUGCGGGCGGGUGAUGGUAAACUGAUACCUUAAUUCCAUCGGCCUAAUAGUGGAUCUUAUUUAUGCUAGGAAUUCUUCAGGGGCCAAUAAGCUUAAUCCUAGGUUUAACGUAAAAUUUAAAGCAAACUUUUAUAUCACAACAUUUCUAUAAACUUGGAAAUAUUUUUCCAGAAAUCUGGUUUGGAUCAUGAUCAAUAGAGUUUUUAUUUUAUAAAGUUUUGAAAUAAAUGGACGAGCAGAAAUACAGAAACAGUGCCCAGUUAAAUUUUAACCCUGGAUGAACCAGGGGUGGAAAAAAUAUUUUACUUUCUGAGACUGCAAGAGAACAUUGAAAAUUUUCUGCAAAUAAUCAAGUAAAUGAACACUUGGAUACUGUAACUGUGUGCCACUAACAAGUUGUCAAAAUGUAAUAUGCUAUAUUUUUAAAGAAAAAAAUAUUUAAAUACACUGAGAAUGCAUCGACUAACAUGCAUCAAGGGUAGGAACCUAAGGUAAAUACAGAUGCCAAAAAAGGGCACUAUCAGGGGGAUCAAUGCUCCCCCAGAAAAUUUUGAAAAUCAGGUGUCUGAGCUCAUGCAUGCAUACAGUUCAGGUAACAUUAUUUCUAUUGGUUGGAAUUUUUCCUACGAAUUUCAUGCUAAAAUGAUACCAUGUAAAUUUCGUUAGUUUUAAAGCAAAUCUCUGUUUGUAUGUGCUCAUAUCUGUGAUUUGAAUUUACAUGUAUUGUGAUGUCCUGCAGUCCUCUCAAUUUUGAGUCAUUAGUAAUUCUAUCUAUAAAAAAAUCUAUCUAUAAAAAAUUGUUUGUGUCAAUUUUUCAAUGUUCAGCAGCAGUUUGUUGGCAAUUUUUUAUCUCAUAAUGACAACUAAGCAAUAGGCAUAGUAUUAGUGCUACAGGGCAGUGCCCUGAAUAUGCAGAAAACAAGUGCACCACAAGCACAACAUACUAUUUUUGAGUAAAUACCAAGGCUUAUGACUCUGAACAGACUAACAAACUUGUGCAAUGGACAUAAAGAGAUAGCUAACUUCAUUUGGAUACCAUAUUAAUUAAGGUAUAACAAUUUAAUUUGAAAUUUCAACUAUGUUUUACUCGGUAUCAAUUAAUCUAUAAUUUCUGGUAUAUAUACAGCCAAGCCAUUGGGUCAUCUUUAUGAUAUUUUUCAUGACUUUUCACAACCAAUUUCCAUUUUCCUUCGUCAGAAAGUUCCUUCAUUUUUUCCUGAUAUCCGUAACAUGGGUCGUUAGCGAUGCAAUCCCUGAUUGUGAAACAAGCUAAUCCUCCAGGCUUCAGAACAUAAAGAAGAUCAUCAAACCCUUUUCCUUUUACAUGGCCAACAGUAAACACACCAAUGCAUAUUGUUGCAUCGUACUGGUUCGGACUUGUACCAAGGUCUUUGCAACCAUCAGAACCCAUUGCACCUUGGCUUAACUUUCCAUAAAGACCCUUUGCCUUAGCUGUUUCAAGCAUUUCUGGGCAGUUGUCCAAACCAUCAAUGGCCCUAUAGCCACUUUUGUAUAAUUCUUCUCCAACUACUCCGGUGCCACAGCCAAGAUCUAAGAUGGUGGCAUCUUUACCAUAUCCUGAUUCUUCAAGAGUCUUGGACAGUUUCUCUGCUCCAAUCAUAUGUGCAACAUAUUCUAAACCUUCCAAUGUAUCCUUGAAUUGAAAUAAAAAAAUUAUCGGUAAAACAGAGAUUAUGUUGGGAAAAUGUGACUUGUCAGUAGAUUGAUUGGAAAUGUUCCGUAAAUUGAUUGGAAAUGGUUGGUAAAUUGAAUGGUAAAACUGAGUUGGUCUGUAAAGCGAAGAGGCAGUAGAGGAACAACCACCCCCACCCCCGCUUGGAAUAGUCUCUGGAAUGCCACUGGUCUUGCUAUUUCUCCUGCACUUGACCUAACCCUCUUUCCACUAUCCUGGCCUUCACCCUAUUCUGGCCUUCCCCCCUCAGUUAUCCUAACAUUCCUCAAACGAGGAUGAGAGUUAGCAGUCACACAUUGUUACAGGAGACAUUUCAAGCUCUAGAAUACCAGAUAAACAAAAUAAACAUUUGAUGAGUGUUCCAAAUAUGUUUUAACCGAAACAGAAUACAUGAUAUUUUUGGGAAAGCAUUAAUGCAUAUAUCAACAGCCUGCCAAGGGGUUACACCCCCGGGACAACCAGGGGAAAACGAGGGGGAAUUUGGUAUUUUAUCUGUGUAUUCUGCCCGUGAACCCCGGGGAAAUUACAAACUUUGCAGUAAUAGGACGACAGGGGGAGGGGAAGUAGGGGACUUUGACGUGACAAUUUGAAUUUUAUAAAUGAAGUGCACAAUUGGUGCGAACUCAAAAUCACAGGCUCACAUAGAAAAACAUCAAUCACCAACUUAUUAUUUAUAUUUUGUAGUGGUCUUGCUAACAUUUGAACAAAUAAAUGCAGAAUACACGGGUGCCAUUGUGAUACCCCAGUUUGUAUGAUUUUUUAAUUGUUUGCAUGCUAUUUAUAUUAUGAACUACUUUAUUCUAAGCCCCAGGGGGAGGGCAGUUUGACUUACACAUUUCCCGGGGGAGGGAGGGGGAAUUAAUGCAUUAGAAUUAUGUUUUUUCAGAGUCCCAGGGGUGUACCCCCAGGCAGGCCGUUGAUAUGUGCAUAAGAACGGCAAACCAAGGUCGUAUGAUUGCACUCGUGUCCUCGUUUGAUCCCUCUAGUUUGAUCCGAGUUUUUUUACGACAUGUACAUGGAAUUUCACUCCCGGAUUCGAUUCAGGCGAUAUCGCCGAGGACGUGCUUGAAAUGAAAUGAAGUGAAAUGUAUUUGGUAAUUGUUUAUUCGGACGUUUCGCGUGUAAAUAUUAGUAAAUACUGGGAUAAUGAAACUUUGGUUGAUAUGGAUACAAGGAGAAACUCGACGUUUCGAGCGAAACCUUCGUAGUUCUCCUUGUAUUUUUCAGGUAGUAGCAUGCCUAUCAACGAAAGCUUGUUAUUAUUGGCAUUGCCUACACUGGCACAGACCCUUCAAGAUAAAUAUUGGGAUCCCAUGCCGGACGAAUUACCUCUGCUUAUGAAAUAUUGUUUCAGUUAAUGUAAUAAUGCACUUACUUUAUCGAAAGUAUCACGCCACGUACUGUAAAGUUCACGCAGCUCUUCGUUUGUUGUCUCCGGCGAGAGGUGCAUUACCUUCUUAUAGUGCGAGAGAGUGUCGUCUCUGCUCAUUUUCAAAUCCUGUAUCUGCUUCAGUUACAACUGGUUACAGGAUAUUGCACGCCGCUUGUAACACUAAUUAAGAUGGGAUUUCCACUUACAGAGAAAUAUUUCGUUUGAUUUCUUUUGAAUUGUGACCAACCGAAUAAAUCAGUUCCACUUGACCGCUCACAAUGGAUCUUUUUAAAAAGUCUGUAUUGUGACGUAGAAAAAGUGAGUAAAACGUAGAUAAAGGAAAACCUCUGAUUGUCCAAAUGUUCGUAUUUAUCCGCAAACUACGUCACAAGGCAGACUUUUGAAAUGGUCUAUUUACAGUAAAGGGAGUGAGAAAUUUCGAAAUUCGAAAUGGUUCGAAAUUCGAUAUACUUCAUUUUGCAACUAACCGUCAGAUUGAGUCACAGAUUGACUUUGAGUCGUGCGCGUUACAUGACCUGCCUCAUCCGCAGGCCCUUCGUUGGGCACAGUGCAAUUGCAAUCUAUAUAGAUCAGUGACUGUGAUAUCAUUGCCAGGCAAUCUUCGCGCGCCCAACGAAGAAUUUUUUCUCGUCCCCCCCCCCCCUCUUUGAAAGCGACUGGGGACGAGACAGUUACAUGACUAUGUGACUGUAUGACACUGAUAUCGGGAACUAGACUUGCGAAAAUCACCAACUUGACCUGAGACCUCGCAGCUCAGUUGGUAGAACAUUGAAGACUGGCAAACCAAACUGUCGCGGGUUCGAUUCCCACCGUGGUCAAGCAAACUUUUCAGCUUGCCCGGUGUGGACAGCACUCAGAGACCGACAUCACAAACAUAUAUAAUCAACUUUUGCUCAAUAGCCGUCAGAAUAGCCGGAUAGGUAGGUUUGGGUUGUUUUGGAUAAGGUCGGGCAUUAAAUAAUUUGAAAUUUAUUAUUUUUACCACUAGAAUAUUACUAUCUUUACCAUUAGCACAACAUUGAAACUUUGGAUUGGUCUGGUAUUCUAUAAUAAACAACUGCUGACCAUAUGAAUGAACAAGUCAAAUAAAUUUGCAGACAAAUAGCCAAAGAUCUGGGUUUCCGGUGACUGCACAAUUAACACCUAUGUUAACUUUUUCAAAACAUGCAAUGCAUUAUAUUUGAUGAAACAUACAAUAUAAAAAAUGUGGAAAAGGCUGUUGAUAUAAACGUCAACUGCUAACUGCUAGUAAUAAAUGUAGAUUAAGUAGGUAUUAUUAAUAAAAUUGGAAUAAUGUUUCAUUCUGAACAGUAUCAACUAACUAAAUCUAUAAUUUCUGGUAUAUAUACAGCCAAGCCAUUGGGUCAUCUUUAUGAUAUUUUUCAUAACUUUUCACAACCAACUUCCAUUUUCCUUCGUCAGAAAGUUCCUUCAUUUUUUCCUGAUAUCCGUAACGUGAGUCGUUAGCGACGCAAUCCCUGAUCGUGAAACAAGCUAAUCCUCCAGGCUUCAGAACAUAAAGAAGAUCAUCAAACCCUUUUCCUUUUACAUGACCCACGGAAAACACACCAAUGCAUAUUGCUGCAUCAUACUGGUUCGGACUUACACCAAGGUCUUCGCAACCAUCAGAACCCAUUGUACCUUGGCUUAACUUUUCAUAAACACCCUUUGCCUUAGCUGUUUCGAGUAUUUCUGGGCAGAUGUCUAAACCAUCAAUGGCCCUAUAGCCAUGUUUGUACAAUUCUUCUCCAACUAUUCCAGUGCCACAGCCAAAAUCUAAGAUGGUAGCAUCUUUACCAUAUCCAGAUUCUUCAAGAGUCUUGGAUAGUUUCUCUGCAGAAAUUAUCUGCACAACACAUUCUAAACCUUCCAAUAUAUCCUUAAAUUGAAAUCAAGAAAUUAAAGUUCUUUUGAAGUUUCUGUAAUGAAUAUCCUUGACAAGAACCCUUUUAGAAAACUUGGAGAAGAUUAUUCAUUCAAACUUAACUUAAUUGGUUCAAAGAAGCAUUCAUUGCAGAAUUUCUAAAGUAUAUCUUUACACACUACUCAGACAAAACAGAAUUUAUGAUAAUAGCCUCAAAAAGAAAACUUAAUCAAUUUCGCACUGAUAUUCGUAUACAUAUAAACGGUCCAUUAUUAAACAAGUUAAGCAAAAAAAACCCUUAGGUAUUACAAUUGAUAACGAACUAAGGUGGACUGAACACAUUAAUGAGCAAUGCAAAAAACUUUCAAGUGCAAUAGCUCUGCUUAGAAAGGCAAAACCACACGUACCUUACAACGACUUACUCCGUAUUUACAAUUCCCUGGUAGUUCCUUACUUUACAUACUGUUCGACAGUUUGGAACGAUGGAAACAAAACAAAUUUGGAAAAACUUUAAAAAUUACAAAAGCGAGCCGCUCGUAUAAUUACAGGAUUAAACUAUGAAACAAGAUCAAAAACAAUCCUCCAGAGUCUAGGUUGGCAUCCAAUAGAUAACAUUCUUAAAAAAAGAGGAUUUCUAAUUACGUUUAAGGCUAUCCGAGGUAUAGCGCCGGAGUGCAUCUGUAAAAUGUUUUCCUGCUGUGAUAAUAGAAGUCACCACAUGCGGAGCAACGGGCGGAAACUAACUCUCGAUAAACCUAAUAGAUCAUUUAUGAAAAAGUCAUUUUCAUAUCGAGGAGCUUCCGCCUGGAACUCAUUACCUAACGAAAUCUUAGACGUUCACGAACAGUUGACGAUACAUUCUUUUAAAACUAAGCUCAAGAAUCACCUACGUUGAUAAAAUAUCCAAUUGUAAAGACUCCUAGUCAAUUACACUAUUUUGUAAAUACUUAUACUAUUUUGUAAAUAUUUAUUUUGUACUUUCCUUUAUGUAAACAACCCCUUUAAAAGCAGCGUAGGCUGAAGGGUUAUUGUUUGUAAAUAAGUUUUAAUAAUAAUAAUAAUAAUAAUAAUUUAAAAGAACAAAAUCCGUGCUAUUUGUCCCGCACCUGUCCUACCCUACCCAACGGUAACCCGAACUGGUCCUUAUUCUAACCGUUCUGGCCACUUGUUUGCAGGAAUUAAGCCCCUGAUGAGACAGGGUGUUAGCUACAGUCAAAAAUUCCGCGUUAAACGCGGUUUUCCCAAUUACCUUGAGGUCGCAAUUUCCCAAUUUGGGUCAGCCAAAAAGUAGUGAUAGAAAUUCAAUUAUUUUUUCACAUCUGAUAAUAGACCAGGUCCAGUACCGUAUCUUACCGUCCAUCUUGCCGUCAAUAUACGCCAUUAAAAAUAUGUUUGUAACUACAUUUGCUCAAAAUUACUCCCAAAAUGCGGGAAAUGCCAUUUCAAAGACACAAAAGUUUUAAAAAUCGAGAGGGGGCAACCGCAUGCCCCCAGACCCACAAAGAAAUGCCCGGCUUCAGGCUAAAAUAGAUUUCUCAAUUUCAGGUAAACGCGGACUUUUUUUACUUCUGGCUAACACCCUGUGAGAGUUGGCUCUGGAUUAACAAAAUAAAGGGUUGAUGAGCGUUUCAACUACGAUUUAACUUAAAUGGAGUGUGCAUGAUAGUGUUGGGAAAGCAUUAAGAACAGCUAACGAAAGUCGCGUGACUGGCAACUCUCAUAACCUCGUUUGAACCGAGUUUCGCACAUACACUAAUUAACGCAAUAGCGCGUGAAAUUAAAGCGAGUGCCUUAAUCGCUCGACUGCCGAAGACUUGCCUUUCAGUUUCAGCAUGUUUAAAGAACGAGGAAAAAUCACUUUUGUCGGACAGAUCGAUAGCGUCUAAAUAUUGGGAUCCCUGGAUCCCUUACCAUUGCGUAACAAUUAUUCUUUAAUUUUAAUGCACUUACUUUAUCGAAGGUAUGACGCCACGCAGAAUAGAGUUCACACAACUCUUCGUUUGUUGUCUCCGGCGUGAGGUGCAUUACCUUUUCAUAGGGCGAGAGGGUGUCGUCUCUGCUCAUUUUCAAAUCCUGUAUCUUCUUGCAACUUACGUUAUAGAAUAGUAGAAUACAGCGUUAAACAGACUCUUACUAGGUUAUACGAAAUUCGAUACAUUUAUUUUGUACACGUUACAGAAUAUCGCAUACGAAAUUCGAUAUGGUUUGGCCUGUGGUUUGGCCCAGUGCUAGCCUUUUUUUCGGCUCGCCACGGCCGAAAAAAAGGCUAACCCUGGGUACGAGGUUGUGGUUUGGUUAGCCAUUGACGUCACAAAUAACAUGGUGCCUUGAGGCCACUGAGCUAUAAUAUAUUACUGGAGGAGGUGCUCCUAUCUAUCGGCGACAGCAAACGCCGAAAUCCGCCAACAGGGGGCCCGCCUUGGAAGUAUGAUAAAAACUUAGCAUUAAAUUAUGUAGAAUAAUUCAAAGUGAAUACUUACUUGAAAUAUGAGUCUAUUUUCGAAUCAUAACAAAGCACAUUAUUUUUAUUCUACAUGAAGUAUUACGGAAAUCUACCGCUGAAGAAUAACAUGUAGCGCGGGCCGCAGCCUGCACGCGUGUUUUUAUCAUACAGUCGAACCCCUAUAAGCGGACACCUCUCUUAAGCGGACACCUCUUUUAAGCGGACACAUAUCUCAGGUCCCAUUUGGUUUCUUUAGUAAAAAACUAUUAUCAUAACCCCUAUUAAGCGGACACCCCUCUUUAACGGACGCGGACACCUUUCUGGAGGUACCAAUGUGUAAAUCAACCUCUCUUAAGCGGACAGAUGACAGAUUGUCUGAUAAAAUGUAUUCAAUAUUCGAGAGUAAAUAACAAUUGAGAUCAAUUUACAUGGCACAUUGACAGUGACACACCAACUUGGCGCGAAGACAUCAGAGCCAAGAUUAUUGAGGAAGUGAAGAAUGAGGACGGAGGACUGUGAGCCGCCAGCCAUGAUGAUACUCAAAUUACACACCUUUGCCUCCUGCUGUGUUUUUCUACAUACUCCUUUUAAGCGGACACCCCUUUUAGGCGGACACUUAGGCGAGGUCCCGAAGGUGUCCGCUUAAUAGGGGUUCGACUGUACUUCCAAGGUGGGCCCACUGUGAUUCACCAUGUUUUUGGCUUCGCCUCUAGACGCCGAACACGUCCUCCAGUAAAACAGUAUUGCUCAGUGCUUGAGGCGCAGACCAAACAUUAGGGAGCCAAAGUUCCUUUUGAAUAAUUUUUCAAUAUUGAGCUAUGAAUACACCUUUUCGAUAAUUACGUUAUGACUACUUUCUUGGCCUUGGAGCUUCGCUCUCAUGAACCGAAAGACGAAAUGCCAUUGGCUCACGAUUCAUGAGGACGAGGCUCCCAGGUCAAGAAGAGAUUUGUGACGUAAUUAUCGAAAUGGUGUAUUGGUCUGGUAUUCUAUAAUUGCGCCCAGGUUUUAUUGUCUGAAACAAUUUAAACAACUGCUACCCAGAAAAUGUUGGAUUCCUGGAAGCUCAGAUAAGCCAUUUCCAGCAUUUUGAGGAGUUUUCCAACAAGAAAUUAACCUUAUAAACAGUGGCACAAUUACUGCAAUUUCACAGUCUCCCAAAUGUAAUCCAGUCCCAAUAAGGCAACAUGGUGUGAUGAUGCGGUAAUGAAAAUGUGCGUGGAAUAGUAUUAUCAUUCACCACACUUCAAAUUCUACAGUACUGUAUCAUGUGUAUUGGGGUACUUGAAAUCGACGCAUUCGUCUUCUCAGUGUCAUUGAAGAGCAAGAUAGGGUGGUCUCAUUGGAGUAUCUUUGCUUGGAAUUUCGUCCUAAAAUGCCAUUUCAUGCCUUGUUCCACGAGCAAAUUAUUUCAGUCAUGGUUUAGGUUUCUGGCGAUGUUUGAAUUUCAGUCCCCAAAUUCUGGCCUACCGAGUGAACUGACUCGGUUGACUCAUAGCUGGUUACGGGCCUGCAGAUGAUGGUCAAAUUUUGAAAUGUUAACAUCUUAACAUCAUUUUCUCACUUUGAUACAUAAUUGCUGGUUGACCACCUACUGCAGGUAGUUGUUAGGGACCUCAAUGGGGGGGAGACAAAAUUGCUAACUGGAGGGGUCAGUAAGAGGGCUGGGGGGACAUCCCCCCCCCCCCAGUCUAGAUGUUAAAAGAGGCCCUGGCAGAAUUUCAAGUUAGUAGCUUUCCGACAAAGGGCCUUCGCUCGAAACGGUGCAUCACCAUUGAUGAAACAUACAAUAUAAAAAAUGUGAACUGCUAACUGCUAGUAACAAAUAUAGAUAAAGUAGGUGUUAAAAAUGUAAUAUAGAUAACAAUUUAAUUGAAAAUUUCAACUAUGUUUCAUUCUGAACAGUAUCAAUUAACUAAAUCUAUAAUUUCUGGUAUAUAUACAGCCAAGCCAUUGCGUCAUGUUUAUGAUAUCUUUCAUAACUUUUCACAACCAAUUUCCAUUUUCCUUCGUCAGAAAGUUCCUUCAUUUUUUCCUGAUAUCCGUAACAUGGGUCGUUAGCGAUGCAAUCCCUGAUCGUGAAACAAGCUAAUCCUCCAGGCUUCAGAACAUAAAGAAGAUCAUCAAACCCUUUUCCUUUUACAUGACCCACAACAAACACACCAAUGCAUAUUGAUGCAUCAUACUGGUUCGGACUUAUACCAAGGUUUUUGCAACCAUCAGAAUCCAUUGCACCUUGGCUUAACUUUCCAUAAACUCCCUUUGCCUUAGCUGUUUCAAGCAUUUCUGGGCAGUUGUCCAGACCAUCAAUGGCCCUAUAGCCACUUUUGUAUAAUUCUUCUCCAACUACUCCGGUACCACAGCCAAGAUCUAAGAUGGUGGCAUCUUUACCAUAUCCUGAUUCUUCAAGGGUCUUGGACAGUUUCUCUGCUGCAAUUAUAUGUGCGACAUAUUCUAAGCCUUCCAAUGUUUCCUUAAAUUAAAAUCAAGAAAUUAUUGUAAAGGAUGGUAACUCUUGACGUUUCUGUGAUAAGUAUCCUUGGCAAGAACCCUUUUUAGAAAAUAUGGAGAAGAUUAUUCAUUCAAACUGAACUUAAUUGAUUCAAAGAAACAUUCAUAGCUUAUUCGCAGAAUCUCUAAAGUAUAUCCUACACAAUCUCAGACUCAUUAUUCAUUAAUAAUUCAUGAGUAAAUUAGCCAACCAUAUUACUUUGUUUUGCUCAUAUGAUAAUACUGGAUACCUGGUAUUGAUCCAGUCCUAGGACUGGAUCAAAAUUAAUUCACCUCAUUUUUAGUAGUGAUUUAUCAGGGUUCGUAGCGGUCUUUGAAAUCCUUGAAAGUCUUUAAAUUUGAAUUCAGGUCUUUAAGGUCUUUGAAAAGUCUUUGAAUUGUGUGAAAAAGCGAAGAAAGUCUUUAAAAGUCUUUAAAUUCUUUAGUGAGUAUUUGAUUAUACGAUUUCCUAGGUAAUAAAAUAGAUUGAUUGAAGCAAGGUUUUCGCAAAUAUCGACGAAAAGAUGGAUUUUAGGAUGUGAUGUGACCGGACUAAUUACCGGGUAAAAAUGGUGCUUACACUCGCGAUUUUUCGACAGCUGAUUGCUCUCAAAGGUCUUUGAAAAGUCUUUGAAAAUAGGCAGGAAAAAGCAUUGAAAGUCUUUGAAUUGUUUUGGUCUUGGAGACUACGAACCCUGUUUAUUCAUAUGAGAAAUCAUUUCGAAUAAAUACACGCUUCCGGAAAGUACGUCACUUUGGCUAUAGAGCUUCGUUUUCGUGUAUCUGUGAAGCUCACGUUUCAAUCACGAAAACGAGGCUCUAUAGCCAAAGUGACGUACUUUCCGGAAGCGUGUAUUCGGACUGGACUAGAUUUCAAGACCUCGCAUUUUGAUCCUGGCCUCGGCUUUGCCUCGGACUUGAUAAAAUUGCGCGGACAACAAAUCUAAUCCAGUCCUCAUAGUCAAUUUGAAAUAUUACUUCAUAACCUCAAUGACUUUUCUGUAUGUAGAACGAAAUCCUUGCUAUUAAUUGUGUAAAUAUCAAGAUUUUUUGGGCAUAUACUGCGGAUUCAGGUAGACCGUGAAAUGCGAAUAGUUGUCGCGUUAGUUUUAACAGUUGUACGAUGACGUUUCUAGGCAGAUUUUCGACGUUUCUAAGGCGUGGCUUCAACGUUUAUUUUUAAAAAUUGAACGUUGUAAUUGCAAGGUAAUUGCCAGAUAGUAUACUUCAAAAUAAGGUUUCCGUUUUUAUAUCAAUUUUUUAAAUAAGUUAGGGUUAGGUUAGGGUUUAGUUUUGCGUUAGGAUAUUUUUUCUACGUUAUAAAAACGUAAACCUUAUUUUGAAGUAUACUAUUUAGCAAUUACCUUGUAAUUACAACGUUCAAAUUUUAAAAAUAAACGUUGAAGCCACGCCUUAGAAACGUCGAAAAUCUGCCUAGAAACGUCAUCGUACAACUGUUAAAACUAACGCGACAACUAUUCGCAUUUCACGGUCUACCUGAAUCCGCAGUACCUUACUCGAUUGAACUAAUAUUAGUUGAUGAAAAUCUUGAGUGUAAAUUUUAUACAUUUAGUAUUUUAGACUUAACCAGGAACAACUGCAAAUCAAAAUGAGAUCAAAUGAAAGUGUCAGAAAGAAUUAGAGCAGUUUGCAGUUGUUUUUGCAAACGGGUACCGUACGAUUGGUGCGAAUUUUGCCGAAUCAAAAGAUCCAGCCCGAUUUCCGGUUCUGAAAGGCCCGAAUCGCGGGCAAACAGUGCGCGCGCAAAGCAGGCUGAUCGUGACGUCCUUUGUUUGGACUUGCGCAAUUUUCAAGUUAUUUCUAUUUUCUAACACGCGCGUUAUUAUGAGAAUAAAUUUGAAACUGCAAAAAACGAUCACAAAACAACUUGGAAGCUAAUAAACGAAGUAAUUAAUAAACGUAGAACAAAAACCUUACUGCCUUCCUCGUUUAUAUCAAAUAACACCCUUCUCUCUGAUCCUAAAGACAUUGCUAACAGGUUUUGCAAAUAUUUCGCUAACAUUGGUCCUGAUCUUGCAAGUAAGAUUCCUGAGACUUCAAACUCUUUUCUUUCUUUCCUAAAUUCAAAUAGCGAAGAAUCUAUUUCACUUCAUCCAACAAAUGUAAUUGAGCUUUUAGAAAUCUGUAACUCUUUUAAAACAGCUAAAGCUCCUGGUUAUGAUAAUCUAUCCAUGUAUGUAAUCAAAAAAUCUAUUGACCUAAUAGUACAACCUCUUGUUCAUAUUAUAAAUCUUUCUUUAUCCAAAGGGGUCUUUCCAAGUAAACUAAAGAUCGCUAAAAUUAUACCAAUUUUUAAAACUGGAAAUCAAAGUUUCUUUACAAACUAUAAACCUAUAUCACUCCUGACAAACUUUUCAAAGUUAUUUGAAAAAGUUAUGCAAAUCAGGUUAACAUCAUUCAUUGAGCAAUGUGAAAUUUUGUAUAGAUUUCAGUUUGGUUUUCGCAGUAACCACGCUACUAUGCAUUCACUUGUUUCUCUAAUAAAUAACGUUGCCACGGCCAUUGAUCAGAACCAGAUAGCUGCUGGAGUGUUCAUUGAUCUUUCAAAGGCUUUUGAUACUUUAGAUCAUGAAAUAUUAUUUACUAAAUUACAACAUUAUGGUAUAAGAGGCGCUCCAAUGGAUCAAGAGCUAUUUCUGCAAUCGUGAACAAUUUGUUCAAUAUAAUGAAACCUGUUCCUCCAUGGAAAAAUUAAAAUGUGGAGUUCCGCAAGGUUCUAUUUUAGGCCCAUUAUUUUUUAUUUUAUAUAUCAUUGAUCUACCGAAUGCAUUAGAACUGUCAAAAUCUUAUCUUUUUGCUGAUGACACUAGUAUAUAUUAUUCAAAUUCGGGUAUCAAGCAACUUGAAUUUGUUUUGAACAGUGAACUUCGAAAGCUGGAUAUUUGGAUGAAGUCAAAUAAAUUGUCUGUGAACAUCAGUAAAACAAACUAUAUCAUUUUUCGGCCGAGACAAAAGAAAAUUAAUUUAAAUCUAGUUAUCCAAUAUAACAAUCAAAUGAUCACCCAAAAACAAUACAUAAAAUUUUUAGGAGUAUAUAUAGACGAACAUUUGUCAUGGAAGGAACAUAUUAAUUAUAUUUGCAAUAAAAUCGCCAAGUCUGUUGGAAUUAUUUACCGAUCACGAUAUCUACUGUCAUCCGCAACAAGAUUAUCCUUGUACUACACACUUAUAUAUCCCUAUCUUACUUAUUGUAAUAUUGUAUGGUCUUCCACUUAUGUAACCAACCUCAAUAGAAUUCUCCUUUUACAAAAACGAGCUGUACGUACUCUUACAAAUUCCGAAUACCGUGCACAAUCUGAUCCACUUUUUAAACAACUCAAAAUAUUGGAUAUAUUUAAGCUAAAUACAUUUCACAUUGGCAAGUUUAUGUUUUUAUAUCAUCAUUGCAUGUUGCCAACAUGCUUUGAUAAUCUGUUUACAAUAAACAAUCAAAUACAUGGUUAUAACACCAGAUCUGCCGGUAACUAUAGAUCUCAUGCUUGUCGAACUAAUAUUAAGCAGUUCACCAUCUUAUACUCAGGACCGAAUAUUUGGAAUUCUUUACCUACAAAUAUAACUGCGAUAAACACAAUCUCGUCUUUCAAGAUGCAACUUCGUAAUUUUCUGCUUAACGAAUGAGGAACAGCUAACUCUGAUCAAUAUGCUACGACCAUGUUUAUCGAAUAUUCAGUAACAAUAUAUAAAAUUAUUGGAAAAUCUAUUAUAUAUUUUUGUAAAUUUUCUCUCUUAUUAUAAACUUCAUUAUGUUUCAGUUUCAUUAUAUGUGUCUGUAAUUUAAUUUCAAUUUCAUAUUAUAUGUCUGUAACCCUAAAUUAUACCGAUUAAUUAAAUAUUUAACUUUGAAUUUUUGAGAUGAGGUGGCCUCUUUACACAAGCUCUAAGCUUCUUGAGGUCUCCUCGCCGACUUUAUUUUAUUAAUAUCUUGUAAAUAGCUAACAGUCUUUCAUUUUUAUUUUUUUUUUGGCAAAUAAAUCAAUCAAUCUAUAUACUGUAGGACCCUCCAAGCUUCCGUUUCGACGUAUUCGACUGGCCAACUUUAUUAUACGAUUUAGGAAAUACUUUAUUUACAGCGGAGUUGGCUGUUGAGGAAGCUUAUGAAAUAUCCUUGCUUUAAAUAUUAAAGCGUUCCUUUAUGCACUUACUUUAUCGUAGGUAUGACCCCACGUAGAGUAAAGUUCACAUAUCUCUUCGUUGGUUGUGUCCGGCGAGAGCUGCAUUACCUUCUCAUAGUGCGAGAGAGUGUCGUUUCUGCUCAUUUUUAAAUCAUGUAUCUGCUUGCAACUUACAUAAACUUAUAGUCUACAAUACAGUGUUUAUACAGACUCUUACACAAAGGACAAAGUUCAAUUAUUUAAAUGCUCACCCAUACGAAAUUCGAUACAUUUACCAGUACAAUGUAAAAAUACACAUUGUUAUGCAAAUUUAUUAACUUUUCUCUUUGUGUGCCAAUAUCGUCUUUGUGUCGCGAAAUUUUUCGCAAGUACAGUGAAGAAAGCUGCGGAUUGACAAGGAUCAGUUCAAUGGAUAGGGAUACAACUACCUGUAUUAAAUAGAACUUAAUAUUAACUAUAUCAAAUGUCAAAUGUUGCUCCUAUUUACACCAGGCGGGGAAGGGGAGCCGGACCGCCCCUUGACACCUAUGCUAACGUUUCCAAAACAUACAAUUCAUCACUUUUGGUGAAAAAUACAAUACAAAAAAUGUGGAAAAGGCUGUUUAUAUAAUUGUCAACUGCUAGUAAUAAAUAUAGAUCAAGUAGGUAUUAAAAUUGGAAUAAUGUUUCAAUCUGAAUAGUACCAUUUAACUAAAUCUAUAGUUUCUGGUAUAUAUACAACCAAGCCAUUGGGUCAUCAUUAUUAUAUUUUUCAUAACUUUUCACAACCAAUUUCCAUUUUCCUUCGUCAGAAAGUUCCUUCAUUUUUUCCUGAUAUCCGUAACAUGGGUCGUUAGCGAUGCAAUCCCUGAUCGUGAAACAAGCUAAUCCUCCAGGCUUCAGAACAUAAAGAAGAUCAUCAAACCCUUUUCCUUUUACAUGACCCACAGCAAACACACCAAUGCAUAUUGUUGCAUCAUACUGGUUCGGACUCAUACCAAGGUCUUCGCAUCCAUCAGAACCCAUUGCACCAUGGCUUAACGUUCUAUAAACACCCUUUGUCUUAGCUAUUUCGAGUAUUUCUGGGCAGACGUCCAGACCAUCAAUGGCCCUAUAGCCACUUUUGUAUAAUUCUUCUCCAACUACUCCGGUGCCACAGCCAAGAUCUAAGAUGGUGGCAUCUUUACCAUAUCCUGAUUCUUCAAGAGUCUUGGACAGUUUCUCUGCUGCAAUCAUAGGUGCGACAUAUUCUAAACCUUCCAACGCGUCCUUAAAUUAAAAUCAAGUUGAAUUAUUGUAAAGGAUGAUUGACUCUUGAAGUUUCUGUGAUGAGUAUCCAGCCUAGCCAUAGGCUCUCUCGCGCGCUUGCUAUGCUUGGUUUAUAGGGGUACGAAGGGGUAAUUGUGGUGGGAGAGGGGUAGCUGUGGGGAAGGUGACGUCACAACUAACUGACGUCAUACCUAAGCUAGUUUUAUCGAUCGACGGUUUCGUUUUUCGUUGCCCCUGCAGAACGACUAGGAACUAGGCUGAUGAGUAUCCUUGACAAGAACCCUUAGCUGAGCUUGACAAGAACCUUUAGCCCUUCAGGCUUCCGUUUCGAUACCUUCUUUAGUUUAGAACAGAUUUAGUCUCCCUCGUGACCGCCCUUUGUGUCGCUCCUCCCCAACUACACACGUAGAAACACUGUUGCAACGUUGCAACAAACUUGCAUGCAGCAGACUCGUAGCAAUGCUAUUCCAACUUGUUAACAGGGUGUGUUCGCACUGCUUGUUCCCAGCUUGUUGACAAGUUGCUACAAGGUGGUUGUUGAACCCAACAGACUUGUUACAAGUUGUUCCAACAACUUGUUAUUGUCCUGUAAUUCAACAAUUUGUCAACAGACCUUGUAGCAACUUGAUAAAAUAACAGCAUUGCUACAACUUGUUGGCAAGCUUGCUACACGCUUGUUGCGAACACAUCUUGUUGACAAGUUGUGAGAUUUUUACACGCGCAGCACAAGAGCGGCUUCGAGGGAGACCAGAGCGGUGUUGGCUGUUGUGAGGGAGCUUAGAAAAAUAUUCUUGCUUCAAAUAUGUGUUCAUUGAGGCACUUACGCCAUGUCAUAUACGUCGAAUUUAAUUCAGACGAAUUUAAUUCGUUAUUAAAUUCGUCAUUGGUCGACAUUAAAAUGGUUUCGUUUCAAACGACGAAUUUAAUUCAGAAUUCAUUUCAUAUGAAUAACGAUCGUGGAUUACCCAGAAGUAAAAACCACGAGACCAGAAAGAGAGAAACAGACUUUAACAUAAUUUAUGCAUUUAAUUCGACACGACGAUAAGACGUCGUAUGAAACGAACUGACGCGCUACAAACGUUGUAUCCGUAAAACGUCUUGGACGAACUUAAUUCGAUCACCAGACGAAUUUACCGUCACAUUUAAUUCGUUCAAUUAAAUUCGUCUGAAUUAAAUUGACGAUAGUGCGACGUAUGAAACUGGCCUUACUUUAUCGUAGGUAUGACUCCACACAGAGUAAAGUUCACGUAUCUCUUCAUUGGUUGUCUCCGGCGAAAGCUGCAUUACCUUCCCAUAGUGCGAGAGAGUGUCGUCUCUGCUCAUUUUACAAUCCUGUAUUUGCUUGCGACUUACGUGACAGAAUACAGUAUUACAGACUCUUGCCGGCCUCUUCAGCCAGUGAACACGAAUUGUCUAAGGACUUAAACACUCAUAGAUCGAAAUUCCAUACAUUAUCAGCACAUUGUUAUGCAAAUUUCUUCACUUUUUUCUUUGUGUCUGGCUGUCGGGACUGACAGAACAGAUAAGCCAUUUUACAACAUAUUUUUCAUAGUUUAAUAACUAGGGUACCUGCAAGGUAGAGAUUGCUGCGGGCAUUAAAAGCAAAUAUAGAACGACAAUAAACAGCACAAAUUAUAUCAAGCACAGUGAUUACUCGCAGCAACUAUAGUGAGCUGUGAAUGGAAAUGCGAAGAAGCAAUAUACAGGCUGUCCCAAAAAAAACGAAAAUUAUUGAAAUCACCAAUAACAAUUUAAUUGUUAGAAUAAAUGAUUGACAUAAGUAAAUUUUAUGCAUAAAGAAGCUGUUUUUAUUUCCCAGGUCCAGGAGCAGAAAAUCGCGCACUUUACCAGGAGAUAUUCCUAACUAAAUUCUAAUAAAUGCACCUUGUCAAUAUUUUACGCAUCAUUACGUCCAGCUGCUUGGUAGGGCAUUGAAAUUUAACAAUAAGUGAUUUCAAUAGUUUUCGUUUUUUUUGGGACACCCUGUAUAUUGAAGUAGCAAAGACCAGAGGUUAAAGGGCAAUCCUCUGAUUGAUACUAAACAUGUGCGUCUCAUUGACAUACAGGUAAAUUAAGAUCAGAUUUCAUAUCAAGUCUGUUUACUGCUAGGCGCCUUUACCACAUUAUAUAGACUAUAUACACAGAUUUAUCACACUAAGAAACCAAAACUUUAUAAAAAUAUAGAACUGACAGUGGCCAAAGUCCAAAACAAAUCUAAGCGUAACAUUAGACAUGAAAAAGCUUUAGAAAUUCGAUAAAAAUUCGAAGACUCGAGCGAGUUUAAAAUGUGUGUUCUGCGCAUAGAAAUCGCGCACGACCACAAUUCCAUGCGCUUAAUAAAAUUUAGUUCCAAACCCCCUCUCUGCACACUGUAUUAGACUGCUGCUACGCUCGCUCGCUUCAGGCUCGCUCGCUCCGCAGCAAUUAGUGCAUAUGACCUAGCCUUAUAAUGGAUUAGAGGAUAGAGUUUCAAACACUUAAGUUAGGCGUAACAGGUACAGAGAGUUAGUGUGAAGUGAAUCUUAGUGUGAGACAGAGUGAAGUCAGUUUGAACAGUGACAAGUGUGAUUUGUAGAGCCCGUGCGCUAAUUUGGGAUCGUGUAUCGUGAUUUGUGAGAAUUUUACCUUUUAAUACGUUAUUUUUAUUUGUGGAUAUUUUAAUAAAACUUAUAAACCAAAAAGAGUGAUUGUGUCGAGAACCUCAUCGAGAACUACAGUUCAACGGAGGGAACAUUUUCGACAUGGCGAAGCGAAAUGAUAUCUCACGAAGCUUAGUUUAUCUUUACUGCCAUAUGUAUGUUUGCUGUGCGUUCGCAUUUCAUGAAAUCAUGGGUGGAUCUACCGUAGGGGGUGUGCACCCCCCCCCCACCCCUAGAGAAUUCCAGCACCACCCUAAAAGUUUGUUUGACCAUACAUUUUCUGCUUUUCGAAUAGCGAUUAGCGGAACUUCUACUGUUAGCGCGUGUCAAACUCUUGGAAAGGAUGGUACAGUUUCUUGAAACAAUACUAUAAUUUUUAGCCGUGAAGAUACUAGCAGACCCCAAACUACCCAUGCAUGCAUAAAGUUUUAAUCUCUUAAUAUCUUUUUCCAGGAUUUAAUAGCCCAUACUGCUUUCCAACGACCGAGUGAACCUUUUCCAUUCAUGGCAAAACUUGUGGAAGACUUUUACACCGACAGCGAGCAGAAAGGUACAAAGUCGGAAAACGAUUAGAUGAAAAGAUAAAAAUAUGAGUGUUUAGUAUUUAUUCAAAUAAUCACAUUUAUAUAAAGUUUGUUCGUUCACUGCAACCAGGUAUAUCAAUCAUGUUUCGCUCGCUACUCUGGUUUAAAUAAAUGAUUACAAAGCUCAGUCGAAUUAUAAUCAAGACCCAACGUUUCGACACUCCAGUCUAGUGUCUUCAUCAGGGGUGAUCUAAAACUGCGAUCGUGGCUUCUUAAAUACCCAAGGGAUGACGUCACCUGCCAAGAAGAUGCAUAUAUUCUUCUGGCAAAUGGGCGCCGUCAUCCCUAUUCAAGGCAUGAUGACUCAUAUUUAUAUGCCACGCUUCUAGGCGAAGUCUUUGACCAUAGCGAUUGUUUGUGGUAAUUACUUUAGAGUUUUCCCACGCAAUCUCGUGUUUGGUGUGACAUUUGUAAUCAUUUAUUUAAACCAGAGUAGCGAGCGAAACAUGAAUCACAUUUAUUUUUGGAAUGGAAGUGCUAUUUAAAACUGAGGUGUGGAUAUGCGACCGCUCGGCUAAAAAAUAUAAGCAGAACUUCGACAGUGGCGUAGCCAGCCCGACGAUCUAGUCCCGCUAUGCAAAUAUUGCCAUGUUUAUAAACUAUCAACACAAUAAAUUUAAUUUAAUUUAUUAACUUUGCCAGAUUCAAACAAUUACCGUAUUUACUCGAUUGAGCGCCGCCCCCGAUUGAGCGCCGCCCCCGAAUGAGCGCCGCAUUUGAGAUCAAUUUUUUUUAAAGAGCGCCGCCCCCGAAUGAGCGCCGCACUAAACAGUGUAAAAACUUUCCGCCGUCAAAAUGGGGACAUUUAGCGACAAAAUCCUUUUAAAACUUGUUUAUUUUAUUGUUAAAAGUGCUUUUUAUAGUUCACAAAUAAAAGAUUUUUUAACGAGCGCCGCCCCCGAUUGAGCGCCGCCCCCGAAUGAGCGCCGCAUCUGAAGCUCUGAAAAUUUAAAGAGCGCCGCGGCGCUCAAACGAGUAAAUACGGUAACACAAAAACUGGCAGGGCAAUCGCAACAGCUUGCGCCAAUUACUGCGAUCCCUAAAUGUUAGACAAAUACACUGAUAUACGUACAUAGAAAAAAUCAAUUACUAACGAACUAUCAGAUUCAACUUUUCACAUUGCGACCCGCAGUACCACUUCUAAUUUCGGAAGCUGACUGAAUCAGAAGACGUUUAACCCUCACAAUCCUAAACCUUCAGCAAAACCCUGGAUAGGCCCCAUAGAUACCAAUGCGAACGUUAUUCCUUUCAAAAGAAAUGAAUAAUGAUGUGUUAAAAUUUGCAUACAGGGCCGCCGAGAGGGGGGGGGCAGGGGGGAGCAAAUUGCCCCGAAGUGCUGGGGCCCCUGAAAAAUGUUAGUUGGGCCCCAGUCUUUUUUGUGUGUUAAAUAUUUGCUCGCAAAGGACAAGAUCUCUGUCUUAUUUGGCUAAGUACCGAAAUGAGGCAUAGAAAAAUGAGAUAAAGUCCCUGG